GCGAGGUCGCGUGAACACCACCCUCCCGCGAUAAAAACGCGGCGCGCGCUACCGGUCGCGCGUAUUCCGAUCUCGUUUGCUCGGCUACUGACAACGUUGCGAUGCCUCCCCAGCCCAGCGGUAAGGCCGUGAAGAAGGCCGGCAAGGCGCAGAAGAACGUGCGCGCCACCGACAAGAAGAAGAAGAAGCGCCGCAGGAAGGAGAGCUUCUCCAUCUAUAUCUACAAGGUGCUGAAGCAGGUGCACCCGGACACUGGAGUCUCCAGCAAGGCCAUGUCUAUCAUGAACAGCUUCGUGAACGACAUCUUCGAGCGUAUCGCCGCGGAGUCGUCCCGUCUGGCUCACUACAACAAGCGCUCGACCAUCACGAGCCGGGAGAUCCAGACUGCCGUGCGUCUGCUGUUGCCCGGCGAGCUGGCCAAACACGCCGUGUCCGAGGGCACCAAAGCCGUCACCAAGUACACCAGCUCCAAGUAGGCGACCGAGCGCUC